UUCACAUACGGAUGAACAGCGCAGAUGUCAUGUGAAAGGCCACAUGCUUCCAUUCAGACACAGAGCACUAGCGGAACAGUCAUGACACACUGAAGGGGAGAAUCUGCAAUGGUGGGCGAACAACGUCCUGACAGUCUUAUUACCGCUUUCUAGCCGCCGCUUCUUUUCUCGCCGAGGAUUGGGUUUUGAUAUACAUUCAUGAUCAUUUUGCAUUUGAAGUCGCCACCAUGCGAGCUCAAAUCGAAGUAAUACCUUGCAAAAUCUGUGGCGAUAAGUCUUCUGGGAUCCACUAUGGAGUCAUCACAUGUGAAGGCUGCAAGGGAUUCUUUAGAAGGAGUCAGCAGAACAAUGCUUCUUACUCCUGCCCUCGACAGAGAAACUGUUUAAUCGAUCGAACUAAUCGGAAUCGUUGUCAGCAUUGUCGCCUGCAGAAAUGUCUUGCCCUUGGAAUGUCUCGUGAUGCUGUAAAGUUUGGGAGAAUGUCCAAGAAGCAGCGUGACAGUCUAUAUGCUGAGGUACAGAAGCACCAACAGAGACUGCAAGAGCAGCGGCAGCAGCAGAGUGGUGAGGCAGAGGCCCUCGCCCGUGUCUAUACAAGCAGCAUCAGCAAUGGUUUGACGGAUCUGAACAACGAAAUCGGUGGCACUUAUUCAAAUGGACAUGUCAUUGAUCUGCCAAAAGUACAAUCUGAAGGAGCUAAUGGAUAUUACAGUGUAGAUUCUGCUCAACCAUCCCCAGAUCAGUCUGGGAUAGACAUGGCUGGAAUCAAACAAAUAAAACAAGAGCCUAUUUAUGACCUCACACCUGUACCAAACUUGUUUACGUAUAGCUCUUUUACAAAUGGUCAACUGGCGCCUGGAGUAACAAUGACCGAAAUAGGUAGGUCUGAUCGUAUUGCACAGAAUAUUAUAAAGUCCCACUUGGAGACAUGUCAGUAUACAGUGGAAGAACUUCAGCAGUUGGCAUGGCAGACGCACACAUAUGAAGAAAUAAAAGCUUACCAAAACAAGGUGAGGGAAGUCGUAUGGCAACAAUGUGCAAUUCAGGUCACGCACGCAAUUCAGUAUGUUGUGGAGUUUGCCAAACGCAUUACAGGGUUCAUGGACUUGUGUCAGAACGAUCAAAUUCUCCUUCUCAAAUCAGGUUGUUUGGAGGUGGUGUUGGUCAGAAUGUGCCGUGCCUUUAAUCCACUGAACAACACAGUGCUUUUUGAAGGAAAAUAUGGAGGCAUGCAAACAUUCAAAGCUCUCGGAUGUGAUGACCUAGUCAGUGCUAUAUUUGACUUUGCUAAGAGUUUGUGCUCCCUUCAGCUGACCGAAGAAGAAAUAGCUUUGUUUUCAGCUGCUGUUCUGAUAUCACCAGAUCGACCAUGGUUGAUAGAACCAAGGAAGGUUCAAAAGCUACAGGAAAAGGUUUAUUUUGCACUACAGCAUGUGAUUCAUAAAAAUCACCUGGAUGACGACACAUUAGCAAAGUUGAUCUCCAGGUUACCAACUUUAACUGCACUUUGCAACCUGCACACUGACAAACUCCAGGCAUUCAAGCUGUUGCACCCAGAGACAGCCAACAGCCUGUUUCCUCCUCUCUAUAAGGAGCUCUUUAAUCCGGACUCUUCGACUAUCCCCAAGUGACGGUUGUGGCCGGCACAUGCCGCCAUGCUUGCAAUAAAGCUCUCUUUGGAAAAAGACAUGUAAAUUUAAGACUUCUAAAUGAAAAAAAAUUACUACUGCAACACUAGGAAUGUCCUGCACUUAAAUAGAUUCUUUUUCACCGCUACCGAUUAAAGAAUGUAAAUACUGCACCUGAUACGGAGCUUUAUGGAACCGAUCAGACAAUGUACAAAAGCUAAGUCAUUCUACUUUUAUCUGUUUUGGGGUAAGUUUUAACAAUCAGAUGCUGGUUAAUACUGUUUUAUAAUUAGAACCGUGAUUUUACAGUAUUAUUCCUUCUACUCAUGGCUUGGAUAUGACUUAAGAGAAUUCAGCCUAUUGGGCUGAACUGUUUCUGUGUGUAUUUUUUUUCAUGUCUUUUGUUGGGUCUUGCAAUUUUAGUUUCGAUGUUUUCGAAGAUGUCACAGUUCCAACAUAUAUACGGAUGAAAGUAUAUAUCUGGAAAAUAUGUGGAAGGAGAAAAGGACAUAAACAAAAGCCUUGUCUGGAUUGUCGGGAAAUUGAGUGUGGAUUCUAGUAUAUUCUAUGUAAAGAUGGUUUUAAGGAUUUGUUUCUUGGAAAUGUAAACUUCAGAUUUUUACAAAAAGCCCUAGUUUUCCACAUUAAGCUAUAUUUUUAUGUAUAAAGUUGCACAGAAUGACAAAAAAACACAAAUCAAAAAAGGUAGUAUUUGGCCUUUUUAGCUGAAAUGACAACAACCAAGUAAUUUCUGUUCCAAAAUCUUGUGUUGGAAGCUGUAAUGGUCUUUUUUUACUAACAGUUUGAGUCUCAGUGUUUCAGGCAGUAGCUGGUAUUAAAGUGACAUGGAUCUACAAGGAAAGGUUUUUAGCACAUAUCUUCAUCACUCCAUAACAGAACUGUCAGUCAGUGAGGGACAUGAUAACCCCAUUCAUACUUUGAUAUUGCAAAUCCCUCUCACUUGUUUUUCAUUGAAGGCCUAUUUUUGUUCUCAAAAUUUUUAUAUUUAAAAUAUCAAGAAGCACUAUUUGAUUUAUUGGUGUACUUAGACUGAACAUAAAAUACUGGAUGUUAAUAUUCUGUUCUAAACAUUACAAUUUAUUUCAGCUUGUUUUAUAGCUGUGCUAAUGCUCUUAACCUCAUUCCAGUUUCAACUGCCAAAAUAGUCAUUAUUUUAGGGGAAAAAAAGCCCGAUAAUGCAACUAGUUUCAGUUGGAAAUGGAUUUUGAUUGUUCAACGCCAGCAUGAAGGAGUUUCUUGGUGCUCGGCGAACAGUAGCCCUUUUUCUUUCUAAAUGCAGUGUAGUCACCAGCAAACAAGCCUAUAUGUUUGUCCUGUAAAAAUCGUCAUAUGCAUUACUGGAAAAAAUAUUUUACUUCGAAUGCUCCUUGUCCUUUAUCAAAUUCAUAAUGGGGAAAAAAGGGUGCAGUUAUGAUGUCUGCUCUGCCAGUAAUGGAAUUUUUUUAAAUCUAUUAACCUUAAAAAAACUAAUGUCUACAUAUCAAACAGACCCAAAACCAGGAAGAUUGAAUCUAUACAUUUCAUAGCCACAAAUUUAAUUAUUAGCCUUUGCGAUCGACGUGCAGGAAAGCUUGUGUGCAAUGUAAUGAUUUACUUGCAGUUCUUUUACAUUUUUGAAACUUAAAAAAUUAUUUUUAAAACUAGAAGUUGAGCAGAAAAGUGGUUCUAUUAUUUAUUGUUGUAUUCUAGCAAAUCAAUAACUGGUGGGGUGCAUGGUUUAAUUUCCUAUGAUUGGUGGGGGGAAAAGCAGCAGCCGUGACAAUUGUGUCUAGAUGACAUCUUCCAAAGCAAACCUUUUAGGGCAGACUUAGCAUUCUUUGAAAUAAUGCUUUCAUUUGUAAACCCAGGAAAGCAAACAGUUGGCAAAACUAUAAAUGAGAGGGAGAGAAAAUGAUUACAGUUUGUCAGUAAAACAUAUAACUCAAGUGACCCUGAUAGCUCAAAGUGCUAUUGAAUCGUACAGAUGUGAAUGACCUAAAUUCAAUCCUUGGUGUCUGUGCUGUAUAAGAUGAUCUCAGUCAGAGCAGCAUGCAUUUGAUGCAUUAUUCUUGGGCUAAGCUAGUUUUUUAAAAAAAAAAGUCUUUGUAUUACUCAUAUCCCUGAUUCUUGUUCAGUAAUGCCAGCUGAAAAACACGUGCAGUUGUUCAACGAAGAAAAUGUUCUCACUUGAUGACAACACCUUCCAUGUACUAACAAUCUAUUCAUACCAGCUGCAUAGGCACCGAUGUAAAGGAUGGCCAAAGCAGUGGAGAGCCGCCCUAGUAUAACAUACCACCAUCAGGAAAGAUGGGAAGAAAACUGAAGGUUUAAAUUUUGUAGGCUCAAGAUAAACUCGCCAUUUUUGUAAGGCACAAUUGCUUUUAAACAAGAUCUGUUGAAUUAAUUUAUGAAUAGCAUUGCAGGGAAGCAACUUUUCAGCUUUUCCAAUUGCCUUCCACAGUCACCACUUAGUCUCAACAUUAAGUGCAUAAAGGGGAAGACCAAGUUGAAAAAAAAACACUUGAGUGUUACUUUGCUGCAAUAGUGCCUUCCACAUGGUGCAGAAAUGUAAAACCAAUGUUAUACUGUGACAUUUGAAGAUAAAAUCUCUUCUUCUUGAUAUCCAGCCCUUUCAAUUUGACAAAAGAAAAUCCCACUCUGUACUUUACAAAAAUGCAUGAUAUUUCCAAUUUAGCUGUUACUGUUUGUUCUUUCUUCUCUCCUGGAAUAAAAAGAAGCUUGCAAAUUGUAUUAAAAUCUUGCAAUCUCUAGCUGUAACUCUUCCGACAUGUCCAGUAUCUAAAAUGAGCUAGGAGUUAGAUAUUUAUUAGUACGCAGUCUGUAUGAAAUUGACAAUUAUAUACUAACUUGCGCAUUUUACCUGAGUUUCAAGGCAUUUUUCCUAAGAUGUUUUAUUACAUUUUAGUUACUAUGUGAGAUUUUUUGAUUUGCUCACAGUACAACUGCCUCUUUAUAGCUAGACAGCAGCCAUUCUUUGCUCUCUGUUGCUAUUACUGCUCUUUUCUGUAUUCUGACUAGCCUUUCCCUAAUCGUUUUAUUAUUACAAAACAUCAGUCUGAUUUCAAAAUUAGAAUGGUAACUGCUACUUUCGAAAUUCUGAUGGAUAUCCUAGACUCCAUAUAACAACCAUUGCCAAAACUAAAGUAUCAAAAACAAUAGGAAUAGUGGAAUAAAUUUCAAUAGGAGUUCUCCAAUGCCCUGAGAGGGAUUGUAGAUCAGAGAGGACUGUAACAGUGAAAUAAAUUUGGACAUUGUCAAUCUGAUGCAACUGGCAGCUUUCAAUGGUGCACCAUCUUCCAUGUCUUAGCAGUAAUUUAUAUUUUCUGUAUGUAUUUGUGGGGUGGGGUGUAUUUAAUGUCCAUUCUUAAUUGCCCCAUGAGCAAUUUAGAGUCAUGUACAUUGCUUUGGAUUUGGAGUCACAUGUAGACUGCGCAUAGUCAGGCUGGCAGACUUUCUUUCCUUAAAGACAUUGAUGAACCAUCAGGGUUUUAAUGACCAUCGACAGUUGUUACAAUGGCCGCUGACUUUUUAUUCCAGAUUUUUUUCAUUGAAUUCAAAUUUCACUGUUUCCUGUUGAAUUAUUGAACCCACAUUCCUGAAUAAUAACCUGAAAUUCUGGACUACUAGUCCAGUGACAUUACAACUAAAGCACCAUCUCCCAUUCAGGGGAUCCAUUGGGAAUACUAGUUUGAACAACUUUUAAACAGUACACUUCUGCAGACGUAAGCGUGCUUCUAAAGUUAGAUCAGUUAGUUAAACACACUACUCUGGCAAAUUGGAGAUUUUCUCUUCUUCUGAUGUCUGUUGGCUUUGAAAUUUCUCAUUGGUGACACUAAAUGUUAAGGCCAAACAAAAAAAAACUCUGAUCUGUGAGAUUUCGAAAACAAUUCCUUUUAAAUACAAAACAUCGUAAGACAGGUUUUCCUGUUUCAGCAUCUGGAGACUUUAGGAAUAAAAUACCUGCAAGGGAAUCAUCCAGUUUUCUUCCUAUUCAUUUAAAUGGAUAUAGAAUACAAUGGGCUCCCUAUCUGUCAUCUAAACAUCUCUCUAAACAUUGUAAGUGACUAAUUCAAUUCAGUACAACAAAGAACAGAAAAAUCUCCUCUGCGUUUUACUAGUCCAUUUGUUUUCUAAAGACCUGUUUCUCAGCUUCUUACUGUUCUUUAUUACUUGUGGCAUUGCAUACAAAAUUCCACUAAACUUCUGCAAUUCCAAGUUCGUGCUGCAGACUAUUUGUGAGGAAUUUUAGCAGAAUUUGACUCCUCCAACAGGAGGAGAGAUAGCAGCAUUGUUCAAAGGUCUUGUUUUUAAAUCCAAAUCUGCACUCAUAGAAAGACAGAAAAAUUUCAAGCAAUGAUCCCAAAUGUUCAAAACCUCUCUUCACAAUAAUUUAUUCAAGUUGCCAUCAAAUUAAAGGGUCCAUGCUGUUUGCAAAAAAAAAGUUAUGGGAAUACCAAACUUUGAACCAUGAACACUAAUCUUUCUGUGCUUUGACGACAACAUCUUUAAUAUGGAUAAGGAAAGCAACAAAAAGCAUUUUAAAUUUAAAUCCUACUGAGUACAACCUACUUAGCACAACAUACUGAGCACUGGUGCUGUCUUUAUUUUUGUUUAACUUACCAGAGCAGCUUGGUUACUGUAAUUUCUUUUAUUAGUGAGGAUCAAAUUCCAUAUUUUGCAAAACAUUAAGGAAGGACAGGAAAUAUUGUUCUAUGACAAUGUGAAAAAGGUAUUCCUUCUGGUAGUAUUUGCAAUGCUACUGCACACAGCAACUGGAGUAAUUCUUCUUUCAAUAGAGCCAAUGUGUUAUCCAGGAGUUAAGCUUGAUCACCAGGGUAGCCGAGUGCAAAAUCUUAACUUUACUCUUUUGCGAUACUUCGCAAAUUCCUGUUUCAGAAGCUGCAAGAUCUACUUUUUCACAAUGUCUUUAUUAUUUCUAAUAAAUAAGUUUACAUAAAAAAAUGUUUAAAAGUAAGUAAUAGAUAGCAUAACCAGUAGAAAUAAUGUCUUCACUAACAAAUGCAUUUUUUUAAAACUCAGACUCUUUAUUUUAAGUUCUGAUUGCAACCAGUACCUGUGCAAAGAAACCUGCAAAUGCAAGUUUUUUUAAUGAUGAGGAGCAGGGCGAAAGAAAGAAACUAGAUGUUCUGGUCUGAAAACAAAAACCUAAAAUCUGAUUCCCACCAGAGAAUCAAUCAUAAGCACGAGGUACCUCCAAUUCACAAUGUUUCAGAUUCAAGCCCCACAUCAGGGGUUGAGUAUGAAAUUCAAUGCUUGACCGUCUAGUCCAGGACUGGGGAAAGUGUUGCGCUAUCAGUAGGGUUGACAUUGCUGGAGAUUUCUUCAUGCUGACAACACUAAUUGUUAGAGGUGCCAUCUUACAAUAAGUUAUGAAACUGUGACAACAUCUACUUGUUUGGGGAGAUGCAAGAGUUCCCAUGCCUCUAGUUUGAAGAGAAGAGCAGUUAUCCCUGGAGUCCUGGCCAAAAUGUAUAUCCCAAACAACAUCAUAAAACCAAAUUGUCUGGUUUUGAUCAUACUGCUGUUUGCUGAGUGCAUAUUUACUGCUGCAUUCAUGCUGACACUUCAAAGGCAUUUAAUUGACUGUAGAUGUCCUGUUUUCCAUGAGUACAAAUGUUGGUGACUGUUCAAGAGUUUCAAAUAAUGGAGAGAGCAGAUUUAACAAAGUUGUGCGUGAGAAACUGAUUUGAAGGAAUACUUGGCUGCCGUGGGAAAUGGCACAGUGAUUCUGAGAAAGAAAAGGAAAAAUAGUAUUGUGUCAAUUUAUCCCUCACAGAUUUCCCAGAGGUACAUUUGCAUCCAUUUCAACAACUCUCCUGACAGUAGCAACAUUUAAAUCAAGAAAAUUAAUGAGCUUUUAAUGGGCCAAUCAGUGCUGACUUCCUCACAGUAGUGCAAUGUUAUGGGUGAAAGCAUCAGCCUUCCCUCACCCUGUGUUAGAAUCAUGGCAAUUCAGUGGAAUCAUUUGGAAAUAUCUGAAAAAUGCUGCAGCUGAAAUGACAAGGAUGCUGUCUUGCUGCUUCAGAGACUUGCCAUUUCAUUAGGAUCUCAAGGAAACUGAUCCUUCCAUCAGUGCUGCUCCUUUGGUAAUGUGGCAGCCUUGCAUGACUUCAUACUCCUUGAAUUUCAGCAAUGUUCUUGCUGGCGAGACAGUAGAGUCUGCUGGUCCAUGGCAACAGUCCAUAAUGUGUCAAACUCCUCCCUCCAGUAUCCAACCACCAUUUUUUUAAAUUGGACAACAAGCUUAGAGGCAGUCAAGUAAGGAUUUUGCCAUUAGGCACGCAGUUGCCUUGAGCAGGGGCAGGAUCUGAGCAUAAUUUCAAAACUUGAGAAUGAUCUAAGUAUAGAAGCUUCCAGUCUAAGGUCUCAUAUGGUGCAAAAGCAGAAGGUGCUGAAGAAACUCAGCAUGUCUGACAGCAUCUUUGGAGAGAAGGAAAAUUAAUAAAUUAUGUUCAAUAUGACUCCUCUUCAGACACCUAAAACAGAGACACUGUAGAAAGCAUGAGAUUGGAAAGUUGCCCUCUGAAAUAUUUGUUUUAAGCUUAGAGUAUUAUACCACUGGCUAGAUAUUUCAGUCAGUUUGUCAUUGACAGAAAUUGUACAUCGAAACAAUAAUAUUUUGAACAUGGAUUAGCAAGGCCACCAACAUUAAUGGAACUAAAAAUCAGAGUGUAAAAUAGGAUGUUGAUUCCUUACUGCCUAUUUUCCAUUGAUGCACAGUCAGAGUCUACCACAAGAAUUUAGCCCUGUAACAAUUUUCUGGCUGACAGUAAGCUGGAGAGUAAAGCAAUGUGUGACACUGCUAUAUGAACUUCUCCUUGGAAUUGAAAAUUGGUUUACAAGAUUUUUAUUUUGGCCAGUAGAGGGUGGCAGAUCUCUAUCAACAAAAUUAACCAGCAGUGAACUGAUUGUUUUAACUUGCUUACCUGCAGGACAAAACUGCACCAAUGAUGGCAACAAUGCAAAGUCAUAAUGAAAAUAAGCAUUCAAACCUGUUUUGUAUAUAAAUCUGUCGCAACCUGUGCUUAAAUUUUUACAAUAUUUUGAAACACUUCGGAUACAUUUUGAUAUAUUUGUCACAGUUACACUUUUAACGUCUUUUGGGAGGAAAAUAUUUUUGUAAAAUUAGUUUAACCUUCUUCCUACUAAGGCAGUAGGAAAUUUGUAAAUUGCUGAACUAUGUUAAAGGGAAAAUAUAUUUUAUUUCCAGAUCAUUUAACAUAAAAGUGAGGUAGUUUUCUUUGUUCCCGUUGCAAAGCUUUUAGCACUUAAUUGUAUAGUUGUGAUAUCGUGGGGUAAAAUUGUAAAUAUAAUUUAUCGAGGAUGGAUGCAUGCAAUGUGAUUUUCUCCUGCCUCUGAUGGUUUGUAUAUAACUAUGUGGAAGCACAGUGACAUUUUAUAGGUUAUCGUUUUGUACAUCUGAAGUUCUCUUUUCAAACCAUCUCCCUAUACAGGGUAUUGAAUUUUAUAAGACAUUUACAGCCAUUUUGUAUGAAUGUAGGUUCAAUAAUUUUGUUUUUACAAGUUGUGAACUUAAAGGGACUUGGUAGCAAAAUGCAUUUUGCAUACUGUCCCUUUGUUUCAAACUAAUGGGGUGAGUUUGUCUUCAAACCAGUGGCUGUAAUGAUCAUACAUGGAGUAGUCAAUGAUCUAAAAUCAGUUCGUAUCAACUAUGAAUCCCUCAUCAAAAGCUCACCAUCAUUCCUAUUUACAUUGAUCAAGGUGGGGUAGAAAUGGAAAACAAAUGGAUUAGGGUGUUUGACUUGCAAACUGAAAGUAUUUCCUUCAAACAUUUAAAAUGUGAGAAAUAAAGAACCCCUAUUGGUAUUUUUAAAAAUUUUGGAACUAUUUCAUAUCGAAAGUUUUAAUUUGCCAAUUUGAAAUCUGGUGUGUGAGAGCAUAUGUGACCUAAAAUAGAUUAGUUUCACACUCAACAUUAGAUAUGUCAUAAAGUUAAGGUUUUUAAAUUUAUGCGUGUUGGCAGUAUUCUGGUUACACUAAACAUUGUCUGUUGAGAUGGGUAGGUAAUGUGCCUCACCUUGGUGUGAGUAGAAGGAAUUUUAUUUUGAUGUGCUAUGCCUAAUAAAAUCAUGAAGCUAUUUAUAAAGGAUUGGUCUGCAAGUUCGUUAGGCAUAGCGUAGAGUGGAACUCUUUCCCCAUGAUGAUUAUCUAAGCGUUUUUGCAAAUAGUUGUGAUGUGGGACAUUAGCGCAAAGUGGACAAUGUUGAUUCUGCCACUAUUUUGCAUCUUUUUCACUUCUUAUUUUCAUUGAAGUACAGUAAGAGGGGGUAAGAAUGGUGUGAGAUGUAGAAUAAGCAGCCAAAUCAAUUAUAUGUAUGCAUAUAUUUAAUGUCCAAAAUUGUGAUUUCCUGCAGUAAAAUGAUAAUAUCACUUGCUGGAUUAAUGGAUUCACUUGAUACAUGUCUCACCCUGUGGAUGAUAGAGUUGGACAAUGUUCUGGAUACUGUCAUUGAGUGGAGAAAUAAGAAUUUUAUAAUUCCUUACUAUCAUCAUUAAUCUUCCUAGGCUCAAGCAUGAACGAAAUAUCAAUAAAUUCCAAGUACAAUACCUUCAUUUCUUAAUCAAGAUAACAUUGUACACAUUUAAUUCAGGAUAUAGUUUAUAUCCACUAAACGAAAGGAAGGAUUGUUUGUUUGAUUCUGACCAUUAGGUGAGAGUGUGCAGCUCAAGAAUAUUAAUAAUAUUUAUUUAUUAUAUGUUAUUGUGAGGUUAUAAGUGAACCAUAAGAAAAUUAAUAACUUUAUUACUGCUAUGAGUUGAAACAGGAAAAAAAAAUUGGACUAUUUGCCCACCUCUGAAUGGCCAGUGUUUAAACCAAGCAGUUUUAAGCCAACAUUCAGGAGUACCCUUACGCCUAGUAUACCUGAUUGUUAGUACUUGAAAAAUAGAUGCACUUUUUAUGACCCAGGCCCUUGUUUUUCUUUAUUUUGUGAUGUGGUGUUUUGCUAAUGAAACGGGUCAUAAGAAAAUACUAGAGAGAGCUGAACAAUCUGAAACGUUACCUAUUCCCAGUCAAUCUAUAUCUAGGACUACCUGCCCAAAAAUGGAAUCCCAUAUAGGUGGUGGGUGGUAAUUAAUGGAGAUGACAAGGGGUCCCACCAGCUGUCUAGAGAGUCAGUGAAAGCUCUGUGUCACGUCUUUAGGGAAGAUCCACCACAUUAGGUCCCAUUAGACAGUGGCAGGCCUUCUGCAGGAGUAAGAACAUAAGGGCAGUAGUCCCACAAGCUAAAAUGUACAGAGCUCUAUUGAAUAGCAAUGUCACUGAAAAAGGGGUUUGCUGCUGCCAGUACAAUACACACUUGAGACCUAGUAUCAUUGCUAGCUCCUAGGUCAGAGGGGUGAGUUAACAUUGUACUGGGAGGUUGGCAGUGAGGGUGGGAGCUGGAUUUCAUCUGGCUCCCCCAGUUCGAAUGCUGGGUCUUUUGAUGAAGCACUGAGUGCCUUUGAAUGAGAGAUCCUCAUCAAACUACACCAUGUGUAUUCUCUACAUGGUGAGCCCUCUACCCAUCUCUGGGUUAAUACUACAGUGGUCACAGGAAGCUAAUUGUUUUCAUUUUGUGGACUUAUUCAGACUGGAGACAGGAAGCCAGUAUGGUUUUCCCUGCCUGAUUAUGUAACCCACUGUCAAACUUGUCACUGAGAUGGGAAUUCAUUUCAACCCUUUACAUACAUGGCAACCUGCUAAAAGGUGCAUGCAUCUCAUAGGACUUAUCAUACAAACAGGCUGGUUCAAGCUAGAAUUUGAAUUUGUUCAGUUGCAGUUGUACUCUCGAAUUCAGAAGCUUCGUUUGUCAGUAUUUUGAGCUGAAUCUGAAGUAUGAGAGUGUUGUUUGGAUGGAUUUCUGCCUUAUAGCCUAUUGAGUUUUCGCACUGGAUUUUACUCAUCUGCCACCUAUCUUUCCCUGAGGUGUCCCUUGCAUCCAUUUCAAACCAAACUUACCAUGUUCCAGUCUCAAAACAACUCAUUACUCUGCAGAUAUCCCAGAAUUCGCGAUCAUUCCUUGAACCCAUGCCAUCUUAACUUGUGUUGUGCACCUAGACAAGCACUACCAGUCCAUAUCUACACAGCACAGUUCCUGAUAUUUUCCUCAGAAAUGCCAGACAAAUGGAUAUCUUUGCCCUGUUUUGUUGGUAGGGACCUGGAAGACUUGCUGGAAGGAGUGAUACACACACAGGACUCCUCCUUUCCAGGACCAGAAGUGACGGCUAUGACACCAGCCUGGUCAGACAUUGCUACCUGGCAGAAUGUCUAGCACUGUAUGAUGAAGGUCAAUCUCCUUCUUCACUUCACAAAUAUCAGCUCCACCAGCUUGUCUCUGAUACCUCCCCUCCUGUCUAUCUCACCUCCCAAUAAGACUCACAUUCUACCACUCUUACCAUUGCCCACAAUGUCUUCUCUCACUUGUUGUCACCCCCAACACCACUAAUCAUGCAUGUCCUCUGCGCUACCUACUUACUCACUCGGGACAUCGUACCACCUGUACCAAGAGUAACAUCAGUGUCACCCACUUUCAAUUCCCAUAAUACCUGCCUGUCUUUCAAUCCAGGUGGAAAACAGCCCACAAGAGAGCAAUAAGAUUCAAGACAGGAAGCAAAUUGCCUGACUUUCAGUUCCUUACCCCUUAUUUGGAGAGCAUCCUGACUUUGACCGCCCCAAAUGGUUGGCUGACCAUUUUCAAGCCCCUGAAUUAACCUGAGAGAUUUUCCUUGACUUACUGUGGGAGCACCUACUGAAAUAAAGACUGUUUCCCCUUGACUUGACUGCAGCCUGCUGACAACCAUUCCUGGAUUUAUAUCUGCACUAAACAGCAAGGCAAUCCAGAAGUCAUGUGAGUCUGGUAUCUCUGACUGGGAGGGAGAAAACAAAAAUCACAAAAAAAAGGAAAGCAAGGCAAUGCAAGAUAGGGAGCACCCAGGUGGAUUUACAGUGAGUGUGCACUAUGAGUGAGUGAAGAGCUUGGAGAUGCAGCUCGGUCUGGUCCUUGAGCUGGGUGCAUAUGUCUGAAUGUAAAGCGCCCUAGCCACAGCAUUACAAUGGUAGUUUCUGGAGCAGCCAAGUUGCAGCAUUAAAGUGCAAAAGCGUCCUGUAGGUGAAUCAGAGAUUUGGCGUGAGGGUUCUUAGAGACUGACACACAUCAGGUGUCAGUAUAUGACUAAUCCACUUUUUGCACCAAAGGUGAAACAGUAAUAAAUGCAUUUUACUUUUGAAUGUUGUUGCCCUAAUUCAUUUAAGAUUAUAUGAGUUCUCUUGUCCGAAUGAGCUAGCACAGUAAGCCUAGACCCUUCAAAACAUCAGCUCUCCUGCUCCUCUGAUGCUGCUUGGCCUGCUGUGUUCAUCCAGCUCUACACCUUGUUAUCUCAGAUUCUCCAGCAUCUGCAAUUCCUACUAUCUCUGAGCUAGCACAGUAUGCUGUUUACCUCUUGCAGUAUUCUUCAAUGUCACAGUGAUCAUGACAGCUUUUAAAAAAAGAUUAAAAACUGCUGUUGAAGCAAAACAAACCUUGUUGUCCCCUAAAGAGCAAUCCCUCUUAGCUCAACUGUAAAAAUACACUUUGCAACAGCGUUUGAAAAAUGUGACAGAUUAUUGACCAGUUUUGCACCUGUGGAGUAAUUUCGGAUGCACAAAGACAAAUUCAGCACUGUAAUCUGGAAGUCAGAUCUGCACUAAGAUAGGAGGAGGUUUGAGAGUAUUUCCAGGAUGGAGACAGUGCUUGUCAGACAAUUGUACAGCAAUGCAAAGUCAAAUUUUGAGGUGAUCUAUAAAGUGAAGAUUUUACAGUUGAUUUUGAAUCACUUUAACUUAGUGCUGAAUUUGACUCUGUUUGAAAGUCAGCAGUUUGAUGUGCAUUGAGGGGACAAUGAGCAAUGCUAGAUUCAUGACUGCAUGACUAAACAGGGCUCAUGCGUUACUGGACAUAGAGCAAUGAAAGAGGUGGCAACUCCUACAUCAGACUCACGACAUUAGCUCUUUAAGAUUGCGAACAAAACAUUGUAUUUGUAGAAAUAUCUCACCUAAGAAAAUGCAGUAAAUAGAAUAAACAAUGACCAGAUUGUCUAUCACCACUGGUGUACAAAAUUUCAAAGGUGUAAUGGUUAAGAUUGAUUUUGUGGCUUGAUUUUAAGUAUAAACGAGUGUCUUUUGGACUUUGCAUAAUCGUCCGGUUAAUGACAAUCACUGUUGGAUGCAGUUAUUGUACUGUUUGCCACUCAGGGAUCGUAAGCGUCAGAGGAAAGGUUUGGAAUGCAUAAUGUCUGAGGUGAAAAAUAUCUCCCAACAAGGCUUUCAGUUCUGAGAGACAUUGGGCGUAGGGGCCCGAUUUUAGGAUACAUUAUAUUAUUUUGCACAACGGAAAUCCUUCAGAAUAAUUGAAUGCAUCUUAAAUGAUUUAAAGAGAGAAGCAAUGACAAUUAGAAAGUCAAAAUAAAAAGUAAGGCGAUAAAACAGACAAUCUGAAAGAUGGGUUAAUGUUUCAGUUGGAACCCAUCGUCAAUAGUGUCAAUCUAGCUUCCCUUUUUGAUCCUUAUUAAAGCGUUAAUACAAUUUCAAAAUGAAAAGUUACAGAAGUGUUAAGUGGCAGGGUUGAUUUUUGUGACUUUUUGUCCCAAUGAGUGCCCACUCAAUUAUUCAAUUGCUACUAAGUCCAGCAAGAACCCAGGGCAUUAGUUAUUAUACCAGUCCUCAGCUAUGAGCAAUAAGAGGGUAUAUAGUAACGUAUUUCACAUGAUAUGUCAAUCAGGGUUAAGCCUGACGAGGUCAGCAUUCAUAAUUCAUACUCCAACAUUUCAAUUCAGAAACUUACCAGCCUCUUGUUUCAGGAAAGUUCCUGUGUUCAUCAAAUUGACUUUUACCAAUUUACUAAUUGAUAUAAUUUGACCUUAGUUGGUCAGGCAGCAUCUGGGGAGUAAUGUAGAGAGUCAGUUUUUGAAAUGGAUGAUCUUGUCAGAAGUGUGGACUUGUUAUUAAAAUAUCUGAAUAGAUCUGAUGAAGAGACCUUCAAAGUAUAUAAAUUAAUCCAAAUUGAAAUAUUCAGAAAUGAUUUCAACCCCCCCAUCCCCACACCACCCCCCAAUCCACGUUGCCUCGUGUAGCACAAAGAGGGAGAAUUGGCAACAUUUCUAUUCUGUUCAUGACCAUGUAUGCACACUGCAAAUAGAAAUAUGUAUAUCCCAUAACUCUUCAAGCUGGCAGUAGGUGUUAUGAUUCUCCAGUGGUCUGUGUGUGAAUUGUCUAGGUUUGCCUAUCUGAUCAAGUAGGCAGGACCACAGGCCUGAAACGUCAGCUUUUGUGCUCCUAAGAUGCUGCUUGACCUGCUGUGUUCGUCCAGCUCCACACUUCAUUAUCCCCAGUAUUUGAUUAGUUGGGUCCUGAAGAGUAAACUACGUUACCAAAUUGCAUUCUGAACCUUUUCAUAGAGUGCAACAUGUCUAUGUUUUAAAAAAAAAACAUGGGGAUCGAAAGACUGCAAAAACUUUAUACAUUCACUAUAAUUUGUUCAUGCCAGAGUUAAACUAAUUCUCAUUUUUAAGUACAAUCUAAUUGACUUUCGGCGAGAUAAUGCUGAAAUAAUCUAUUUUCAAAUCUUGCAAUGACUGCAGAGAAGAAUUUCCUAUGUGCAGACUAAAAUUUAGUAAAUAAGGUUUGGUAUAUAUUCCAUUGUCUUCGUGUGUCACAAACAAAGAAAGGCUUCUAUUGAAGUUUAGAAUUCCAAAUAUAAAAUAGAUAUAGUAAGCAAUAAUCUAAGGCAUUUGUUUGGUGAAAGAAUCUGCCGCAUAACUGUAGAAAACACAAGGUUCAUUUUGCAUGCUGCUCCUUUACAAUGUACAAAAAUUCUGGUCAUUGUCUUCUAUAUAUUUGUUGAACCUGUAUUUGAUAAAGCUGUCGCCUCAAUUUAUUGCUGUAGCUCUCUAUCCACUCUGUGAAUAGAUCCUAUAAUAGUACAGACUAGUAGUUCAAACUGGCGUCCGGCUUUGUAAUUUUCUUAUGAACAAGAACUCAUUUUCUGAAUAAUUAAGAGACAGGGCGAGGUAUAGUAGUGCAAUCUCCUCUCCUGUGAUAAACAUUUUUUGUAUGAGAAAUCUGAUUGUAAUUAGGAUAUUGUGGGCUUUUCUACUAUUAGGAUUUUUUUCAAUAAAUGACAAACAAAUCCACUGACAGGACUGUCCAUCUUAACUUAUACGUCCCAAAGAGUUUUUAAAAAAUGAAUGUUAAUAAUAAUUAUGCAAAGGAUUUGGGAAAUCACUAAAAAUUAUGAGUAAGCUGGCAGUUGUUUCUCAGUCCUUUGAGGUUCAGUCUGUAUAUACUUAUAACUCUUCACAACAUUCACCCCAGUGCUGAGCAUCUGUUUACUUUUUAUGAAUAAACAUUAAGAUUCUGGAGUUGGCAGCAUGUCCUGUAUUACUUUGAAAGCUUUCUUCUAUCUUGAGUGCCAUAAAUCACAAUAAUGAAGAUGUCUGAGAGGUAUGGAAUGUAUUCAGCACAAAUGUUGUACACAAAAGCAACAGGCAGUCUCAGGAUGCCAUUAUGUACAUAAAGUGAAUUUUUCAUAUUUCUACUGUUCAUGCCACAAAAUAGUGGAUCAUGGAAUUUCACUGAUCUGCCCAUUCACUGUUCAUUGUUGUCCUUGAAAAAUCACAGUUCAUUGACGUGCUGUGCUAAAUGAACAUACUGAAUAUAGCUAUGAGGUGGUUCUCUUUGGAUGAAACAAAAUCAUAUUGUUUCAGAAAUUUCAUGUUCAGUUGCAUUGCUUUCCUAAUGUGUUUUAAAAUCUCCUGUGAUUUCCAUGACUACUGGUGCAUCAUACUUAAUAAUUUCUGAAUGACCAAGGUAGCACCUCAGUACCAUUCCAUAAUUAAAACCAGACUGUGGGAUUUUCCUUUUUACUAAAUAUUAUGACCAACUGUCAGCAUUUUAUUUUCUGUUCUGGUAUUGCAACCCUGUUAAUGGCCAUGAAAACAUGAAUAUUUGUAAUGAUUACUAAGAGGUUGUGUUUAAAUAAACUUGAUUGUAAUAGUAUGAUACUACAUUAACUAUUACAGAAUAGAUAGGAAUAUAAACAAUUAAAACUAAACAGAAUUUAUGUUCCAUUUUAAAAAUAGCUAAAUUAUUAAUCUUUGAAAAUCAUCUACAAUCCUUACUUUGGGUUUCUUAUGGUAGCUGAACUAUGUUAAUAUUAAAAACUGAUUCACAUCAUAGGAUCCCUUAAAGAAAUUUGAGACAAUCGGAAAUGUUCACUAGUUUAGUGAAAGUAAUAUUUUCCUACUCUUUUCAGCUAUGCUAGUGAUAUUGCACUAUGGGCCUUUGAACUUUACCUAGGCUUCUCAAUACAAGAAAAGAAAAAAAGAUAGUGACAUUUUAAUAUACAUAGAAAAAUGACCAUGUACGAAUCAGGAAAGUUCAUUUCACUUAUCCUUGCCACAGAUCUUAAAUGUUAAUGAGAAUGAGUUGGAAGGAGUCUGAAGAGUUUGUAUUCAAAGCCUUUGCUAUGGAGACUUCCGAGAAAUCCUAAUGCACUGGGGGAAGGCACUGUAAGAGUUCAGUCUUCUGUUUUCUUGUAUAUAUUACAAAAAAAAACUUUGGUUUGUUCUGUUAAGUAAACUGCAAAUACUUUGAAAAGUUUUAAGUUACCUUGUAUUUGAAAAUAUUGGCAUUUUGAAUUCUGUAAGCAGAAUAGUUUGACAAUAGUAGAAGUCUUUUUAAUGCACAUUAAAUAUUUCUGAAUGUUUACUGUAAAUGACAAUCUAUGUUUAUGUUCCUUUAAUGAAGAAUGAAGA